AUGAACUCUGGAAGACGGGGAGGAGGUGUUGCUGGCAAAGGCCUUGCUGCUGCUCCUGCUGCUGCUCCCCCUGCUGGCUCCUGGCAGCCCCCACGCAUUCUUGUGGUAGACAUUCAUCCCCCUCACUGGGCCCAUACCUGCCACAAGCUCUGUGAAGCCCUGGAAAAUGUCUUCUGUCUAGCCUGCAGCUUGACGGGUCCACCCCGCAUCCCUCUGCUCAGCCUCUAUGCGGUCCAGAGCCAGCAGGAGUGCCUGCUGCCCCUUGUGCCGGUAAGAGGGAACUUUCCUCGGCUCCAGAGUUGCAUUGCAGAGCUGCGUACCUUGCCAGCAGAGGGGGCCUUCCCCCCGAAGGAGGGGGCCUUGAUCCAGGCGGUGCAGGAUGGGCUCCAGCAGUUUAAGCAGUACACAGGCCAAGGUAUGGCAGGAGCAUCUCUGAACAGCUUUUCUGUUGAGAUUACAGUCCUGACCAGCCAGCUCAGCGCAAAGAUGGCCAAGCAACUGGAGGCUGGGCUGCAGGGUGUCGACCUGCUCAGUCUCCGCCAGCUGCAGGUUGUUGAGAUCUCCAGGGGGACAAUGCAGGGGCCGUCCGAUGAUGCUGAGUGCAGCAGCUGUCCUGGGGAGGGAGCCGCUAGCAGCAGCAGCAGCAGCAGUGAGAGUGCCAUGAUUCUGGGCUUAGCUAUUGACCUCCAGACAGUGGAGAAUGAUGUGGUGGCCUUGGAGACUUUCUUCAAAGCCUGGUUCCAUGACCACAGCACUGAUCAAGAGCACCUCCACCUCCUCCUGCCCGCUGGAGUCAUCAGCCACUCUGCUGCAGCCAAGAUAAGCCUGGUGUGUGUGAAAUGCGAUACACAAGAAAGGCUCCUCAGUCCGGCUCUGUUUCCUGCCGCCUGCAGCAGUGGUGGCGAGAGCAUGACACGAGUGGAUAAUGCCAGCAGCCCCUUCUGGAUGGCAGCUGGGCAAGGCCUGGCACCACGCAAGCUCCGGGUCCUCAGGGCAAUGGAGGCUGAAGGGCUGUGUGCGUCUCUGCUUUUCGGGCUGCCCCUGGUCGUCAGGCCCACAAACUGCUGGCAGCUGAACUGGGAUGAACUGGAGGCCAACCAGCACCGCUUCCAGGCCCUCUGCCACUGCCUACGGAAACGGGAGUGGGUGCUUCUGGCCAAGUAUGAACCCCAGCAGGAGGGGGCAGGCCCUGGGCCAGGCCCCUCCACGAACUCCUACCAGGUUCUCCGGCCCUCCUCAGAUGCCGCUGCUGCCUCCUCUCUGCUGCUGUGCUCGGUGGUGGUUCGGGAGCUGCUCCUGCCUUCCAACAUCCCUCUCCUGCCUGCUGACCCUCCUGAAGCGGCACUCAGGGACAUGGAGGGCAUCCUGGAUGGCCUAGACAUGGAGCCAGCCUACAACCCUCUGAGUGUGACCAGUCACCUGUACAGAGUCCUGAAAAGCAACCUGGGCCGGCCACUGGCUUCCCGGUCUCAGCGCCGGGCAGAACGGCACUUGCCUCGCCAGCAAGCCAGCCGGUCUCACCCAAGCAAGGCCAGAGCCACCGUGGCUCCCCUGCCCAUGCUUCCUCCCACUGCAAGCCCUGCGGUCCUCUCCCUUUUCUCCAGUGAGGAAGAGUUCCUGGACUCUAUGUAAAACCAGCCCCGCAGAGCCUUUGGCUCGGUUAAUCAACACAUGAUGCCCCACAGAUAGCCCCCACAAACCCACCAGGGUUGAGGCAAUAUGGACGGGGCGGGGUGGGGCCAAGGCAGGCUCCCCCAUCCCUCCACUGCCUGCUGUUGGCUCUCAGCCAGGGCCACAGUCCCCCCCCUUACAAGGCCAUGGGUCUAGGGUAUUUCUAGGGCAACCUCCCCCACACACACACACCCUGCCCCAUGGGCUCAAGCCCCAGCAGGCUUUAACAGAUGCCUCAAGGGCAGCAGAGCAUUUUCCUUCCAAGCUGCGGGAGGUGAGCCAUGUGGGGUGCUCCUUUGACCCUCCUACCCCAUGUUCAUAUCGGAACACCAGACGCCUGCUGAGUGCUCUUCCCCCCCAUCUUCCUCUCCCCCGCAUGAAGGAACCCCUCAAGGUCUCUCUUCCCCCAGAACUCCAAACCCAGAGCAGGAAGGAAGGCGUCCCUUUCAGCCUUCCCUUGGUGGGAACAGGGGCUGUCCCUCCACUUCUGGUGACAAGACUGGACUACUUGCAGGAGUGUCUGCACUGCCUGCCUGCCUGCUGGGCUCCUGGGGGCCAGCCG